AUGACUGACCUUAACAACACUGACAGAGGUAAUGAGGAUGGAAUUGCCCAUCCAGUAAACGCUCAGCCAGGAGGAGCAGAAGACCAGCGACAGCCACAGCCGCAAUUGCAAAUGCAAAUGGAGAAAAGCGGGGUGAACGUACAAGAUGUAUCUGCACCUGGACAACCUCUCGACAAUGGCGCUACUAGAAGUGCAUAUGACCAUGGCUACAACUAUGAGAAUGAAGACACCAUAAUGCCCAGCAUAACCCGCAUCUCAACCGACCCCUACGACAACACCUACCCCGAAGGCGGCCUGGAAGCCUGGCUCGUCGUCCUGGGCAGUUUUUCCGGUCUUUUCGGUGCAAUGGGCCUAAUCAACACCAUCGGCACAUUCCAAACGUACAUCUCAACGCACCAACUGAAGGAAUACUCUUCGGGAACUAUUGGGUGGAUAUUCGGUAUCUAUGCCUGUCUCACUUUCUUCUGUGGCCUACAGAUUGGGCCUGUGUUUGAUGCCAAAGGUCCCAGGUUGCUUGUUCUCGCGGGCUCGGUGCUGAUUAUGGUUUCGAUGAUUAUUCUCGGGUUUUGUACGAAGUAUUGGCAAUUCAUGCUUGUGUUUGGUGUGCUGAUGGGUGUGGGCACGUCACUGAUUUUUACUCCUGCGAUUGCGGCGGUAGGUCAUUACUUCUAUGACCGGAGAGGCGAGGCAACUGGUAUCGCUGCCAUGGGUGGAUCAGUCGGCGGUAUUGUGUUCCCGCUGGUACUUGAAGCAUUGUUUCCCAAGAUUGGGUGGGCGUGGGCUACCAGAGUGAUUGCGUUGUUUUGCUUAAUUUCGUUGGGGGUGGCGUGUAUAUUGAUCCGGUCACGACUACCACCCAAACCAGCCUCGAAGGAGAAUAUUUUGCCUGAUUUUAGGAUCUUUCGUGACCCGAUAUUCUCGCUUACGACAGUGGGUGUGUUUUUGAUUGAAUGGGGCAUGUUCGUGCCCGUUACGUACAUCUCUUCCUACGCGUUGGCGGAGGGCUUCUCGUCAACCUUCUCAUACCAAAUCUUGGCGAUCCUAAACGUGGGUUCUGCGUUUGGCCGAUGGCUACCGGGCUACAUAGCAGAUUACCUCGGCCGCUUCAACACCAUGAUCCUGGCCUCCCUGGGCUGUUUGGUGACUUCCGCCUGUCUCUGGUUACCUGCUGGUGGCAGUCUGGCCCUGUUGAUCGUAUAUUCGGUCCUCUUUGGGUUUUUCAGUGGAAGUAAUAUCAGUUUGACGCCGGUUUGUGUCGGUCAGUUGUGUAAGACGGAGCAUUAUGGGAGGUAUUAUGCUACUGCUUAUACGAUCGUUAGUAUGGGGACGUUGACUGGUGUCCCCAUCGCCGGUGAGAUUCUGUCGAGAUGUGGUGGCCACUACUGGGGUCUCAUUGCAUUUGUGGCGUGUUGUUAUUUUAGCGGAGCGAUUGCAUUUACGGCCGCGAAGUUGCUAAAGGUUGGAUGGGGACAUCCUUUGGCUGUGUUUUAG